ACUCACUAUCAUUUGAACCUCAAAAUUGUAUUUGCAAAAAAAUAAAAAGAUGUCAUCACGUUCAACUAAAUCCAAAUUUCCAACAACGAAAAACAUCAUUUCGACCGUAGCAUCCGUUGCAGCCACCGCAAUGGUGGUUCGCAGCUUUGCCCGUGAUUACUUGCCCCCUGAAUUCCAAGACUAUAUUUAUCUCGGCUUUCGCAAAUUCAUCUACAGAUUUUCCACACACUUGACCAUGGUCAUCUACGAAUCCGACGAGUUUCAUGACAACGAAAUCUACAACGCUACGCAACUCUAUAUUGCUGCCAAAAUGUCUUCAGAUAUCCAUCGUGUGAAAAUCAUGAAAAACCGCAACCAGAAAAACAUCUCGGUUACAAUGGAAAUCAACGAGGAGUUCACCGAUGUUUACAACGGAGUCAAAUUCUAUUGGUCGGCCGUAGCUAAGAAAACGCCAACUAGGCAUUAUUAUAAUCACGAUGACUCGAGUAGUUCUUCUCGAUCUGAUGAACGAUUUUUGGAGCUCACGUUUCAUCGUGACCACAAAGACAUGGUGAUUAACGACUACUUGCCGUUUAUUAUGAAAGACGCGGAGAUGAAGAAGCUAGAACAAAAGAAUGUUAAGUUGUUCACGGUCAAUACUACCGUGAGGUACUCGAGGCCUCUUGCAUGGAAGUCCGUGAAUCUAGACCAUCCGGCGACAUUUGAGACUCUGGCUAUGGAUGUCGAUACGAAAGAGAUGGUGAUGAAGGAUUUGGAUAGGUUUUUGGAGAGGAGAGAGCAUUAUAGGAAAGUCGGAAAGGCGUGGAAGAGAGGCUACUUGUUGUACGGUCCGCCUGGGACUGGGAAAUCAAGCUUGAUCGCGGCUAUGGCCAAUUACUUGAACUUUGACAUAUAUGACUUGGAGUUGACUGAUGUCAAGUCUAACUCGGAGUUGCGGACGUUGUUGAUAGCCACCGGUAAUCGAUCUAUUUUGGUAGUGGAGGACAUAGAUUGCUCCGUGGAGUUGCAUGAUCGCGUAGCCGUAGAGGCUGGGCGAGCCAAAGAAAAGGAAAAGAAAAAGGAAGAUAAAAAUGUAACCUUGUCGGGCUUUCUCAAUUUCAUUGAUGGGUUAUGGUCAAGUUGUGGUGACGAAAGAAUCAUCAUAUUCACGACGAAUCACAAGGACAAACUCGACCCUGCACUUAUUCGUCCUGGUCGCAUGGAUGUUCACAUCCAUAUGUCUUAUUGUACCCCUUGUGGAUUCCGUCUUUUGAUCUCCAACUAUCUUGGUAUCACCCAACAUAGUCUUAUUAACCAAAUCGAGGAUAUGCUACUCAAGAUAAAUGUUACCCCGGCUGAAGUGGCAGAGCAACUAUUAAAGCACGAUGACCCGGAUAUCGUUUUGGAUGGACUUAUCAAGUUCUUUGAUGUGAAAAGGAAGGAGAAUGAAGAGGCAGAGGCCAUGGCGGCGAAUAUUAAGGAGGAAGGAGAGUUGACUGCAAUUGAGAAUAAUGGAGAAACUGAACAUUCCGAGACCGAUUAGUCUUAACGAACUAUAAGUCAAAUGUUUUUGUUCAAUUGUUCAUACGCUAUAUAUGAUGUUAUAAAUUAUAUGUAUGCUUAAAAUUGAUAGUUAAGUUGAAUGAGCAAGAUAUUGCGAAGUUAAGAUGUCAAAUUCAACUUUAUGAUCCACCAUAACAACUAUUUUUGA